AUGCCGGACAAAGUCCUCGACGAUAUCUCACAUCGCCGGUAUAACCCUUUGAGGGGUUCUUGGCUCCUAGUCUCGCCUCACCGAACAAAGCGCCCUUGGCAAGGUGCCCAGGAAGGCCCCGGUGUUAUUGAUCUCCCAGAGUACGACCCAAAAUGCUACCUCUGUCCUAGAAACUCCAGAGCUGGCGGAGAGCAAAACCCAGACUACAAGGAGAACUUUGCCUUCGUCAACGAUUACAGCGCGGUCAAGGAGGAGCAGGCUGAUUAUUCGGCCGAAGAAGCAGGCGAUGAUCUGUCGUCACUCCUCCUUCGUGCCGAGGGAGUCAAGGGCAAGUGCUACGUCCUGACUUUCUCGCCAAAGCACCACCUUACCUUGCCUGACAUGAAACCGGCCGAGACCCUCCCCAUCAUCAACACCUGGACCCGUAUCUACGCAUCGCACCUCUCCUCGAAGAAUCCUCUGACCGAAGUCGCCUCCAAGCUCGACCUCUUGUCCCAAAAAGUGUCUUCCGAUCUUUUGCCCCCGUCGCCAAAGGAGCAGCUCCGCUAUAUGCAAAUCUUUGAGAACAAGGGUGCGGCAAUGGGCUGCUCCAACCCGCACCCGCACUGCCAGAUCUGGACGACAAGCACGCUCCCCGAGGAGCCUGCCGCCGAGUCCGUGCAAAUGACAAAGUACCGCGCCGAGCACAGCGGCCGCCACCUGCUCGCAGACUACGUCAAGCUGGAGACGGAGAAGCAGGAGCGCGUGGUCUGGCAAAACGACGCCUUCCUGGUCGUCUGCCCGUGGUGGGCCGUGUGGCCCUUCGAGGUCAUGGUCAUCCCCAAGCGCCACGUACGUGCCCUCGUCGAUUUGACUGCCGACGAGCGACUCCAGUUCGCCGAGGCCAUUCACGAGGUCACCCGCCGCUACGAUAACCUAUUCGAGACCAGCUUCCCCUACAGCUCCGGUAUUCACCAGGCGCCUCUUGACGGCACUGCCGAGGAGGUUGAGAACAGUUAUCUCCACAUGCACUUCUACCCGCCGCUGCUCAGAUCGGCCACCGUCAAGAAGUUCCUGGUUGGUUACGAGUUGAUGGCUGAGCCCCAGCGCGACAUCACUCCUGAACAGGCAGCUGCUCGCCUGAGGGACUGCGGUGGUGAGCUCUACAGAAAGAAGCUGUAA